AUGGCGAACCCCGUCGAGUCUACAGAUCCCACGUCCCAGGGCCUUUCUACACCCGCCCCUCCUGCCCCGUCGCAAUCCGUCCCGGAAUCCCAGACGCAGCAGCAGCAACCUCCCUCGCAACCCUCGCAACCGCCGUCCGCCGAUCCCGCCUCGAAACCCACCCCCGCGAAGCAACCGAAACAACAAGCCAAGCCCGAUGCCGGUGCCGCGGACGGAGCAGCCGACCAGAAGCUCACGCCCGGCGAGCUGAAAAAGAAAGCGAAGGCCGAGAAGGCGGCGCGUCGCGCUCGCGAGAAGCUCGAGCGUGAGGGCGCCGGCGGUGCUGGCGCCGCUGCCGGUCCCGGCACGCCCUCGAAGAAGGGCGGUGCUGGCGGUGCGGGUGCGGGUGGUGCUGGUGGCGCGGGAUCCAAGGAUGCUGCUGGGGCGGGCGGCGCGUCGCAGAAAGGUCAGCGGCAUCGGAGAGGCUCCGUGCAUGCCGGAGCUCCUGGGUCUGGGGCGGAGCAGAAGAAGAAGAAGCAGGAGGAUAAGAACGUUGCGGUUUUCGGGCACUUGUAUGGGCAGCCGAGGAGGACAACUAUCGCGGGCGCUGGAAAGGAGGUGCAUCCGGCUGUGUUGGCGCUCGGGUUGCAGAUGAGGGAUUAUGUGGUUUGUGGAAGUAGUGCUCGAUGUGUGGCUACUCUGUUGGCGUUCAAGAGGGUUAUCGAGGCUUACACCACCCCUCUGGGUACUUCCCUUCCUCGCCAUUUGACUACCCACAUGUCUCAUCAGAUCACCUACCUUUCGACAUGCCGUCCGCUCUCGAUCAGUCAAGGCAAUGCCAUUCGCGCCCUCAAGCUGGCCAUUUCGUCCAUCGACCCGUCCAUGCCGGAGGCUAGCGCCAAGGCUUCGCUGAGCGAUUUCAUUGACAGCUUUAUUCGCGAGAAGAUCACGGUGGCCGACCAGGUUAUUGCGGGAAGCGCUGCGCAGAAGAUCCAGGACGGCGAUGUGAUCGUCACGUUUGCGGGCAGCUCGAUUGUCAAGCAGACGCUCCUCACCGCGCACAAGCAGGGCAAGAAGUUCCGCGUAUCCAUCAUCGACUCUCGUCCCCUGUUCGAGGGCAAGAACCUGGCGCGCACUCUCGCCAACGCCGGUCUGGAAGUCCAGUAUUCGCUGGUGAACGGCAUCAGCCACGCGAUCAAGGAUGCCACCCGGGUGUUCCUCGGCGCCCAUGCCAUGACCAGCAACGGACGAUUGUACUCGCGAGUCGGCACAGCGCUGGUCGCCAUGUCGGCCAAGGAGCGCGCCGGCGGCGUCGAGGUUCCCGUGAUCGUGUGCUGCGAGACCGUCAAGUUCACCGACCGCGUUGCGCUGGACAGCAUCGUCGUCAACGAGAUUGCCGAUGCCGAUGAGCUGGUCUCCAACCAACCGGCGCAGCAAUUCACCGACCUACCAGACCCUGCCGCCGAGGCCGCCGCACAAGCAGAGACCACCAAGAAGGGCAGCAAAGCGGCGGCUCCCAGUCCCGAACCCACCAACACCCCCAAGAUCGGCGAAUCCCCUCUGACGAACUGGAGAGACACUGCCAACCUGCAGCUGCUCAACAUCAUGUACGACGUCACCCCGGCCGAGUACGUGGACAUGGUGGUUACGGAAAUGGGCAGCUUGCCGCCUAGUGCUGUGCCUAUUGUGCAUCGGAUGAGUACGAAUCUUUAAGUGGCUUGAUUUCUUUUUCUUUUCUUUCCGUUUCUUGGUAGCUGGAAUGAAUCCGUGGUCUUUUCUUUUUCUUUUUUCUUUAAUCUCGGGCGAGGAUGAUAUGAUGGAAUGGCAUUUUCGGAGGACUCGACAUGAUGUACUGAGUAUUGACUAACGGUGUACUGGGAUAGUUAGGUAGGCAUUAGAGUAAAAGUUUC